AUGGAGCACUGCAAUGGCAUCGCCGCCGUUGGGCGCUGGUUGUCCACCAAGCCCAAGGUUAUCUUCGUGCUCGGCGCCACCGCCACCGGCAAGUCCAAGCUCGCCAUCCGCCUCGCCGCGCGCUUCGACGGCGAGGUCAUCAACUCCGACAAGAUCCAGGCGCACGACGGCUUCCCGGUCAUCACCAACAAGGUCACCGACGAGGAGCGUGCCGGCGUCGCGCACCACCUCCUCGGCGGCGUCAGCCCCGACGCCGACUUCACCGCGGAGGACUUCCGCCGCGAGGCGGCCGCCGCCGUCGCCCGCGUCCACGCGGCCGGCCGCCUCCCCGUCGUCGCCGGCGGGUCGAACAUCUACGUCGAGGCGCUCGUGGCCGGCGGCGGCGGCGCGUUCCUCGCGGCGUACGACUGCCUCUUCCUGUGGACCGACGUCGCGCCGGACCUGCUGCGGUGGUACACGGCGGCGCGCGUGGACGACAUGGUGCGGCGCGGGCUGGUGGGCGAGGCCCGCGCCGGGUUCGACGCCGGGGCGGACUACACCCGCGGCGUGCGCCGCGCCAUCGGGCUACCCGAGAUGCACGGAUACCUGCUGGCGGAGCGCGAGGGCGGCGCCGGCGCCGAGGACGACGACGACCUCCUCGCCGGCAUGCUCGAGGCCGCCGUGCGCGAGAUCAAGGACAACACGUUCCGCCUCACCGUGUCGCAGGUGGCCAAGAUCCGGCGCCUCAGCGCGCUGCCCGGGUGGGACGUCCGGCGCGUGGACGCGACGGCGGUGGUGGCGCGCAUGGCGGAGGGCGCGCCCCACGGCGAGACGUGGAGGGAGGUGGUGUGGGAGCCGUGCGAGGAGAUGGUCAGCCGCUUCCUCGAGACGCCCGCCGCCGCCGCCGCCGUCGUUGCCAACGGCAAAGUCGACGUGAACGUCGGCGACGCGGCCGCCGGCGUGCCUGAGGCUGCCGCCGCCGCCGUCGUUGCGGCGGGUGUGGUCUAACUCUAAGUAGGAUACGCGGCGACGGUGCAUGUUUGCAUGGUGGGUGGCGGCUCAUGUUGCGGUUUUGGGUUGGCUUUGGCGUGGCUGGGCCAGGUGGCUUGCAAUAUUUCAUUAUUUAUUUAUUUUUAUUUUGAGCUGCAGUGAUAUGAGAUUUUGAGUGAGAAAGGAGAGGGAGGGAGACACAAGU